AUGAAGGGCAUCGUCGCCUUCGUCACCGCCGCCCUUAUGGGCCAGGCCGCUGCAGCACCUCCGGAGCCGCCCACCAACGUCAUUGAAAAGAGGGCUGCUCCGACCGUCACCGUCUCUGCGGGCUCCAUCGUCGGCGUGAACCGUCUGACCACCGAGGCCUUUAACGGCAUCCCGUUUGCCAAAGCCCCCGUUGGCCCGCUAAGACUCAAGCCUCCCGUGAGGCAUGACUCAUCUCUUGGUGUUUUCGAUGCCAGCGGGAUCGCCCCGGCUUGUCCGCAGUUUUUGGCCGAUUCGGACUCGAACGAGUUCCUAUCCAAGGUCAUAGGCACCAUCACGAACUUGCCCUUUUUCCAGAAGGCGCUUAAGAUCAGUGAGGAUUGCUUGACAGUCAAUGUCUUCCGGCCGCAGGGCACCAAGGCAGGCGACAAGCUGCCUGUGUUGUUUUGGAUUUUUGGAGGCGGCUUUGAGCUCGGCUGGAGCUCCAUGUAUGACGGAGGCCCGCUUGUCACCAAUGCCAUUAACAUGGGCAAGCCCUACGUCUUUGUGGCCAUCAAUUACCGUGUCGCUGGUUUCGGGUUCAUGCCAGGCAAGGAGGUUCUCGCUGAUGGCUCUGCUAACCUCGGCCUCCUCGACCAACGCAUGGGCCUCGAGUGGGUUGCCGACAACAUUGCUGCUUUCGGCGGCGACCCGGACAAGGUCACCAUUUGGGGCGAGUCGGCCGGUGCGAUCUCCGUUCUUGACCAAAUGGCCCUCUAUGAUGGCGACAACACGUACAAGGGCAAGCCUCUCUUCCACGGCGCCAUCAUGAACUCCGGUAGCAUCGUCCCGGCCGACCCAGUCGAUUGUCCCAAGGGACAGGCCAUCUACGACCAGGUUGUCGACAAGGCCGGUUGUGGCGGAGCCGAGGACACUUUGGCUUGUCUCCGCGAGGCGCCUUAUGAUAAGUUCCUCGCCGCUGCCAACUCCGUCCCGGCCAUUCUGUCGUACAACUCGGUUGCUCUCUCGUAUCUUCCCCGGCCCGACGGCAAGGUUCUCACCAAGAGCACGGAUGCCCUGGUAGCAGAGGGUAAAUACGCUGCCGUUCCUAUGAUCGUUGGCGACCAAGAAGAUGAGGGCACGCUCUUCGCCCUGUUCCAGCCCAACAUCACGUCCAGCUCCAAGCUUGUCAGCUACCUCGGCGAUCUCUACUUCCACCGCGCCACCAAGGCGCAGAUCGAGGGCCUCGUCGACCGGUACUCUCCGUGGAUCUGGGACGGAUCCCCCUUCCGCAGCGGUGUCCUCAACGAAAUCUACCCGGGCUUCAAGAGGCUCGCCGCUUUGCUAGGCGAUGUCGUGUUCACCCUGACGCGCCGCAUUUUCCUCGAGCAAGCCACCAAGAUCAAUCCGGAUGUCCCCGCAUGGUCGUACUUGGCCAGCUACAACCAAGGCACUCCGAUCAUGGGCACUUUCCACGGCAGCGAUAUCCUUCAGGUGUUUUACGGUAUCCUGCCCAACUACGCCAGCAAGAGCAUCCAGAGUUACUACGCCAACUUUGUCUACAAUCAGGACCCCAACAACGCGGCCGGCGGCACCAGUAGCAAGAGCAAGAUUGCCGAAGACUGGCCCCAAUGGACUGGCAAGGACCGCAAGCUCAUCAACUUCUUCGGUAACAGGAACGGGUACCUCAAGGAUGAUUUCCGGGACGAUGCCGCAACCUACUUGGCCACGAAUAUCGGAUCUUUAUAUUUUUGA